AUGGAAGGCCAGCAAUCUCGUGCUCCGCUUCCACCGCAGCAAAUGGAACUAACCAGAAAUCACGACAAUGGCGCAGGCGGUACGAGAACCGAAUCAUCCCUCACCCGAAAAUCAAAAAGCAAAAUCACAAGGAAGAUGCUUUUGGAGGAGCUUUCGGCAGUCAAAUCUGAAUUGGCUAGAAUGCGUUCCGAAAAUGAGCAGAUGCUCCACGAAGUUGAACUAAGCACAGCAGAAAACGAUUAUUUGAACUUCGAGUCCAAUGAAGCCGGGCAACAGCAAACGACUUCAGCGGGAAACGAAUCCUUGCUAACGACAAUGAGCAAUAUGUCCCUUGGCUCCCUGAAUAUCCCAGAAUGCAAACCCUCGGAGGGUGAGACGGAGGUAGAUAAAAAAGCCUACGAACAAUGGAAGGAAAUACUAAACGCGUCAUUCAAUCUGGUCCGUGCAACCGAUGAGCGAGCUAAAAUGGACAUAUUUCGGAUAAAGGCAGGUCCAAAAUUACUGGAUGUGAUGCAAGGAACGUCAUCUACAUCAGAUAUGCCCGACGAACGCAUUAUGCCAUAUUCCAAUGCCAUUUCUCGAUUGGAUAAUUAUUUUGGAUCACGUACUUACAUUAUUGGGCAACGUGCAAAACUAAUGAACACCGUACAGCAUAGCGGUGAAUCAAAUAUUUCAUUCGUGCGACGUGCGGCAGCUGCUGCAAAGCUUUGUGCUUACAAGAGCGAGGAAGAAAUGGAAGCGUUAGUACGAACUAUCGUCAAAGGGACCAUCGAUAGCCGUGUGAGAGUUUUGGCUCAUAGAAACUGGGUUUCCCAAGGAGACAUGAACAGCUUGAUCGAAUUGGUACGCGAUCGGGAGAUGGAGCUAUUCAACGAGGAAGAAUAUCAAAAGCUAAACCGCCAGAACAACGUGACAAUAGCUACUGUUUCAAAACGCCUGGAUACACGAGAUCAGUUUCGUCGUGGUACAGCAUUUAGGUUGAGAGGCACCCAACGAGGAAGAGGAACACUUCGACGUGGACAAGUUCGCCCACAAGGACCCCUUCAGAACGCAUGCUGGCGAUGCGCUAGCAUCUACCAUGGUCCUGCUCGUUGUCCCAAUCUAGACAAGGUGUGUCAUAAUUGUGGGCGGCGUGGGCAUUUAGCUCGUGCUUGCAUAUCUGUGCCGCAGCAUGGAGCUGGACAGAAGCGUCCGCAUAACGAAACCAGAGAUGAAGAACCGGAACCGAAAAUUGCGGCAAUAAUGCAAAAUGGCGAAGAAAAUGAGGAAAAGGUAAUGAAUAAUGACGACCUUGAAUAA